CAGCCUCCAAAACGGGUUGGACCAGGUUACAGGUAUUUUAUAUCUGGUUUCGUGUACCCGACGACCUGUAGCGUGAGUGGCGAAAUUGAGGGUUCUGGGGUUUUAGAGCGGGAGGUUUUCGGCUGAAGCUGAUAAGGCUUUCUCUCUCUUCCCCUCCAUGGAAGCAAUUGGGUCGCCAUCUCUGCUCUCGAUCUCAUCCAAUCUCUGCAAAACAAAGUUUAUUGGGAAUUCAUAUUCUCAGAGAGUAAAAAUCAAUGGAAGAUUGGAAAUAGUUAGUAGUGGCAUGCUAGCACCAAGAAAGUUCAUGCAGAGGAGGAAGAAAGUGGAGGUUUUCAAGGAUGCCGCAGACGAAGCUGAGCAGAAGAAAUGGCGGAAGUUGAUGAGAGACAUUGAGGAGUCGGGCUCAGCAGUGUCAGCUCUGAGAACCCAAAGAGCAAAAAGUGAGGCACUUCCAAGAGAUUUAGUUCUAGGGACCCUAGUGAGGUUUAAGCAGCUAAAGAAAUGGAACAUUGUUGGUGAGAUUCUUGAGUGGCUUAGGACCCAACACUGGUGGGACUUCAGCGAGAUGGAUUUUUUGAUGCUUAUUACAGCCUAUGGCAAGUUAGGAGAUUUCAACAAGGCAGAAAGAGUGUUAAGGUAUAUGAACAAGAAAGACCACUCUCCAAGUGUAAUAUCUCAUACUGCCCUUAUGGAGGCAUAUGGAAGAGCCCGGCAGUACAGCAAGGCUGAAGCAAUAUUCCGUAGGAUGAAAUCAUCAGGCCCUGAACCAUCUCCAUUAACAUAUCAGAUUAUCCUUAAAACUUUUGUUGAGGGAGACAAAUUUAAGGAAGCUGAAGAAGUUUUUGAGAGCCUUUUAAAAGAAGAGAGAGCUCCGUUUAAGCCAGACCAGAAAAUGUUCCAUAUGAUGAUUUAUAUGUACAAGAAAGCCAGCAAUUAUGAUCAGGCUCGUAAAAUAUUUGCACAGAUGUCUGAGAGGGGAAUCCCUCAGUCUACUGUCACAUUUAAUAGUCUAAUGUCCUUUGAAACAAAUUACAAAGAGGUUUCGAGUAUCUAUGACCAGAUGCAAAGAGCUGGACAUAAACCAGAUGUUGUGAGCUAUGCACUGCUCAUCAAUGCUUAUGGGAAAGCAAGGAGAGAAGAUGAAGCAUUGGCAGUUUUUGAGGAGAUGCUUGAUGCUGGUGUCAGACCGACACGCAAAGCUUAUAAUAUUUUGCUCGAUGCCUUUGCAAUAUCUGGAAUGCUUGGGGAAGCUCGGACUGUGUUCAAGAGUAUGAGAAGGGACAAGUGUCAACCUGACCUAUGCUCUUAUGCAACGAUGGUAUCUGCUUAUGUCAAUGCAUCUGAUAUGGAUGGUGCAGAGAAAUUCUUCCGGCGCCUGAAGGAAGAUGGUCUGAAACCUAAUGCUGUUGUCUAUGGAACACUGAUGAAAGGGUACGCAAAAUUGAAUAAUCUCGAGAAAGUAAUGCGGGUUUAUGAGAGAAUGCGGAUGCAAGGUGUUGAGGCCAACCAAACCAUCUAUACGACCAUCAUGGAUGCCUAUGGUAAGAACUCGGAUUUUGGAAGUGCUGUUAUUUGGUUUAAAGAGAUGGGCGCUCGUGGAUUUCCACCUGAUCGGAAGGCAAAGAAUAUUCUUCUGUCUCUGGCUAAGACGCCUGAGGAACAGAAAGAAGCUAAUGAGCUGGUAGGUAAUGCUGUUGGUAGUCUCCCAGACACCCCUGAACCAAAGGCCAGUGACUUUGCUGAGUCUGACAGUGAAAUUGAGGACGAUGAUGAGUUGUCUGGAUCAGAACCACAAUCUUUUGAAACAAAACUAGCCGCUGGUGAACCUACAGAACUAAAUUCCAGCAUUUAAAGUGACUUUGAUCCUAAUGAUGAGGAAGUAGAAGAUCAUAUUCUAAGUUUGGUUCUUUUGAAGGCAAACAGGAACUGGCACUUGCCAGUCAGUUGCUAGAUUCGUAAGGUACAUUGACAAGUUCGAACGUGUGCCAUAUUAAAUUUUCAUUAUUUUUUCCUUUGUUAAUGUUAUCAAACCAUUUCAACAUAUAUUUCUUCUACCACAAACUUGUAUUAGAGCUUGCAGGGGUUCUGAUAAUGCAAGCUAAAACUUUGAAUGCUGCAGGCUUUUUUGAUUUCUAAAUGCUUUAAUUCAAUUUCUAAA